AUGUCGACAGCAUCCUCAACUGUCACCUGCCAAUUUUUGGAUGUUGCUGGGUUGUCCUCAUUGAAAGAAUUGGAUUGUGAGCACCAAAGUGGGGAAAACAAGACCUCUGAAUUUGCAAAUGUGAGGCAUUGUUGGCACAGGUUACUACCAGACACUCCCUCACAAAAUGGUAACAUUGCUGUGCAAGAACAAAAGUCUUGGCACUUUAGGGUUAGUCACUUGGUAACAUCGCUGGUCCUGGUGCUCUUAUUUUCAGGUCCUGUGGCUGACACUACUACAGAUAAUGGAACUAUGCUAGUCUGCAAAUGCCAUGGGUGGCGAGAAGCCUUCAGUUCUGCCUCCCAACACUCCAAGACGAGUUUGUGCUCUGCAUUAGGCACUUCGAGCUUCAGCCUGCAAGCUAAGCAUGGUCAUGUAUAUAUUGUGAUGGUAACUGAUGCUUUUAGCCCUGGAUUCAACAAUGAAACAAGGUUUAAAUUGUCAUUCGAUCCUACCAAACUAGUGAUCAUGCCUCCUUACAAGGCCACCUCUAAGCAACUAACAUCAAGCAAGGAACAGAAGUUGGAAAAGCAGAAAAAGAGGGUGCUGAAGACCGCCUAUCAAGGCAACCCUGAAGUCUUUGAGACUGAGCCCUUGGAGCUGCAUAGUGAUGCAGACAGGGAAGAAGACACUAUGUUCUCAGAUCACAGCAUGCAGACAAAGCUGUCUAAUGCCAAGGUCCUAACAUUCAGUGCAGGGAAGAUUCCAAUAGCAUCACACACCAUCAGUGGCAGUGCAUGCAGGCUGACUACUCACCAGGACGCAAAGCUUCAAAAAGUGGAUGACACUACUAGCAAUGAGUCUGGUGACUUGGAUGACCCUGACAGCUUGGAGUCACACAUAUCAGCAGCUGACACUGAGCCAACAUAUCAAUACCAAGGCUGA